AUGGUGAGAGUGAGUGUGUUGAAUGAUGCUCUUAAAAGCAUGUACAAUGCUGAGAAAAGAGGAAAGCGUCAAGUCAUGAUUCGACCAUCUUCCAAAGUCAUCAUCAAAUUCCUCAUCGUUAUGCAGAAGCACGGAUAUAUUGGAGAGUUUGAGUAUGUUGAUGACCAUAGAUCUGGGAAAAUUGUUGUUGAAUUGAACGGUAGGCUGAAUAAAUGCGGUGUUAUUAGUCCCCGUUUUGAUGUCAGUGUCAAAGAGAUUGAAGGUUGGACUGAAAGGCUUCUCCCUUCUAGACAGUUUGGAUAUAUUGUAUUGACUACCUCUGCUGGCAUUAUGGAUCACGAAGAGGCUAGGAGAAAGAAUGUUGGUGGUAAGGUCCUUGGCUUCUUCUACUAG